UCACCCUCCUCUUUGCCUAUAAACUUUCACUGCUCUCUACGUAUAUCAUUCAAUCCACCGGCGUCUUUCAAGAAAGCGCCGGACAAAGAGAGGUAAAGGAUGACGAGCGCCGCGCAAAUUCCGACGAGCUUCGGCCAUGAACUUCGAGAAUGUCUUCGUUGCCGCUGGUGAAAACGCACAAUCAGUUUCGAGAAUCACGAAGUGAGAACUGUAGUUUGUUCAAGAUGGAGGAGGAUCAUGAACGUGUCACGGAUUGCACUACCCCUAAUUUAACAGGGCAAAUUAAUAUUUUCCUGGUUGCUACACAGUACACACUUGCAGUCUCAGAAGCCCUAUCAGUCAGAUUUGGAAAGCUACCUUCGAUUUGUUUGUCAACUCUUCCUUUCUCAUAUCAGGUAAGCCUUACCUCUGCCUUUGUAUCUCAGUAA